AUGGCGACGAUUGCCCGCCCUCAGCACCGGGUCUCGUCCACCGCACCCUCGUCUUCCCUCGCCAAUAAGCGCCGCCCCGCCUCGGCCGCCGCCCGCUCUCCGUCGUCGCUCUCCGACCCCGACUCCAACAUCCCCCCCGCCGUCUCGGCCUCGUCGACGCCCACGCCCACGACAUCGUCCUCGGCCACUCCUCCGCCCUCCGUCUACCCGUCCUUCCUCCAGCCCCGCGUCGCCGUCGUCCUCAAGGUGCCCCAGCCCUGGCACCCUUGGCUCUUCGCCCUUCGUCUCUGCUCCAUCCUUCCCGCCCUCUGGUGGGGCCUGCCGUCGGCCCUCCAGCUCCUCCUGCGCCUGCUUCCCGGCACCGGCCGUGUCCUUGUCGUCCGCUCAGGCUGGAACGAGUCGCCGUCGCCCCUGUGCGAUGCAAGCAACCACCACGACCCCCGCCAUGCCGACGGCGCCGUCCCUUAUGCCUUGACCGAGGGCGCCCUCGCUACCAUCUGGUGCUUUGCUUGCGGUUAUCUAUCCUUCUUCUUCACCGACUGUCUGAUGUCGAGGUGGCUCAUCAACUACACCCCGCAAGCCACCAUGGUCCGACUACUCACAAUCAACGCCGUCAACGCCUACGUCACCCUGACCGUCCUCUCCCUCACCGGCGGCUUCGACGACCCUCGCCUUCUGCUUCCGGGGUGGAUCGGCAUAGCAACCACCCUGACCGUCUGCUACCACAUCACGCACCAAAAGAUCAACAUCCGCAAGGAGACGGUCACGUCCAUCAACGUCUUCUCCAUUGCCAGCUACAUCACCAUGGUGAUACUGCUCGUUCACAUGCACUCGUAUCUGGCCGAUUAUCCCACCAUGCCCAUCGUCGCCCGAGGCCGUCACCUGUGGAACGAGACCGCCGUCCUCCUGGCGCACAUCAAGAGCGUCAUUGAGCGUGCCGAGCUGUGA